AUGCCCAAGAAUUUAGCCUCAACAAGUGUGUGUGUGUGUGUGUGUUUACAGCAAGCGAGAUGUGGUUAUGCUAUCAUCCUCAUGGCUCUGUACUGGUGUACAGAGUGUAUGCCUCUGGCUGUGACUGCCCUACUGCCUGUUGUCCUCUUCCCUAUGCUGGGCAUCAUGAAGGCUGGAGAGGUGAGUAUUGAAUAUCUGAAAGACUCUAACAUGCUGUUCAUCGGUGGCCUGUUGGUGGCCAUCGCAGUGGAGCACUGGAGCCUUCAUAAGCGCAUCGCAAUCCGAGUUUUGCUGCUGGUUGGUGUUCGUCCAGCCCUGUUAAUGAUGGGCUUCAUGAGCGUCUCGUCCUUCCUGUCCAUGUGGAUCAGCAACACAGCCACCACGGCCAUGAUGCUGCCCAUUGCCCAUGCCGUGCUGCAGCAGCUGAAAGCCACAGAGGCUCGGGCAGACGAACAAGAUUUCCAGGAUGCAGCCGAGGACAACCCUGCAUUUGAGCUUGAGAUGAGAGAAACUAAAGAGGAAAUAACAGGCAUUAAACAGCCAGACACCAAGUGUCAUCUGGAGAACAGUGCGGAUCAACAUGAGUGUAGUCGAGAAGCAAUGCAGGAGUCCAGGAGAAAAGCGAUGGAGGCCAAGUAUGAGCAUCUGACCAAAGGGAUGAGUCUGAGUGUGUGUUACUCUGCCAGCAUCGGUGGCACGGCCACACUCACCGGCACGACCCCUAACCUUAUCCUUAAGGGUCAAAUGGACAAGCUAUUCCCUGGGAAUGGUGAUGUGAUCAACUUUGCCAGCUGGUUCGGCUUUGCUUUUCCCAACAUGGUGAUCAUGCUGGUGUUGACCUGGCUCUGGCUUCAGUUAAUUUUCCUGGGCUUCAACCUGAAGGAGUCAUUUGGCUGCGGCGUGAAAACCGACAGAGAUAAGGAGGCGUAUGCGGUAAUGAAAGAGGAGUACAAAAAGCUGGGGCCCAUGAAGUUUGCUGAAGGGGCGGUGCUCACGGUCUUUAUACUGCUGGUGCUCCUGUGGUUCACUAGAGAGCCAGGCUUCAUUCCCGGCUGGGCAGUGAUCUUCCCUAAGGAGUUUGUGUCAGAUGGAACCAUCGCUAUUUUUAUGUCAAUGCUCUUCUUCGUCAUCCCAUCCCAGCUGCCCAGUUAUAGAGGCUACGGUUACAACGAUGCAGGUAAGAUGGUGAAGUCUCCCCCCACUCUGCUGGAUUGGCAGGUGGUCCACGAGCGAAUGCCCUGGAACAUCAUCCUGCUGCUGGGAGGAGGCUUUGCUCUGGCUGCUGGCAGUGAGGAGUCAGGUCUGUCCAAGUGGUUGGGACAGAGCUUGGCACCUCUGCAGCAAAUCCCCCCCUAUGCCAUCUCGUUGCUGCUCAGCCUGUUGGUGGCGACAUUCACCGAGUGCUCCAGCAACACAGCCACCACCACCCUGUUCCUGCCCAUACUGGCCUCUAUGGCCACAGCUAUUAAGAUACACCCGCUAUACGUCAUGCUGCCCUGCACCAUCGCUGCCUCUCUAGCCUUCAUGCUGCCUGUGGCCACACCACCCAACGCCAUCGCCUUCUCAUUUGGAAGCCUCAAAGUCAUCGACAUGGUGAAAGCUGGAUUCAUUCUGAAUAUCAUUGGGAUUUUGACCGUUAAUUUAGGCAUCAACACCUGGGGAUACGCCAUGUUUGACAUGGGCACCUUUCCUGUGUGGAUCAACGGUACAAAUGACAAACCUUGAUUAUGGGAGGACUGAAAUGGAAAUUGAAAAUGACACAGAAUUGGAUUUUAAAGCCCCUGAAAACUUGACUUGAAAUCUAAAAGUAUUUAAAGUAUAUAAAGUAUUUUUCUAAAAUAUAUAUUCAUGACUUAAUGAGCAACAGUCAAAAUCUUUCUUUUAGGUAUUAUUUCUGAAGAGUUUAACAGCCAAACCCUCAGCUAUUCUGCUGUAUCUGUGGGUGCGGUUUGAUUUGAUUGACAGUUACAGUAACAACCAACCAGGUGUCAUGCUCAUUCACAUUUUGCUCAAUCCUGAUUGGUGCAUGUAGAUACAUGACAUCACCUUUUUCAGACUGAGUCCCACCCACUUAAGACCAGCACAAAUGAACACACACAAAUCCAGAAAUUUCAUGAAUGAAGGAACAUAAAAUCAUUCAAACUUUGAAAGAAAAUGUGUGUGCUCAUGUAGGAUCCUAUACAGGGUAGAUAAACAAAUCUACCUUUUAUCACUAAUAAGAAGCUGAUUGAGAAAAAAGGUUUCGGGGCUUUUAAAGUAAAGAAGUGUUUAAGUUGCAGAAGCUUUG